UAAACUGCGCGACUCUCAUUGUUCGAUCGUCACGUCAUGGAAAGAGUUACUGCGUUUCUGCUCAAAGUAAAGAAAUACUUUAUGAAAAACUCUUAGCCUGGUGAAUCACACCUCGAAGGAAAUACUUUGAGUGCACAGCGAUUUGAACUGGAUCUGGGGAUUAUACAGAUGCUUUAGAUGAAGUUUUUGUUCUUUUGUUGGCGGAAUGCAAAGGAUACGUUUAUUUCUCAUAUCUGUCCGGGACGGAAUGUUGGUAUAAUGUUUUCAUCUGGAGUUUAGUUCAGCCGGAGUUGCAAAACAGCUGUUUGUUUUUAAAUAUUUUCACAGCAUGCAAGAUGGCUAAAACUUUUGUUAUGAUGAGGCACUGAACUGAAUGUGUUUGCCGGUGUCUCAGUUCUGCUGGACGGGAUUUGUGGAUUUAUGGGUUUAUUUUUUUGCGGCUGAAGAUUCUGGUUUUGUGGGAAUAAUGAAACGACAUAAAUUAAGGGAAGUUGGAGAAUAACAACCUGACAGGGAGUUCCAACAUGUAACUCUUUAUCAAAUGUAGAAUAUCGGAUAUUAUUUCCGAGGAAAAUUAAGAUUUCUGUUGUCUUCUUUGUGGUCAGUAACUUUAAAAAGGCUUGAAGAUCUUUAUCUUGAAGAAUGGUAUUUACCAACACCCUCAAAACUACUAGUUUUAUUAAAGUGCUAUGAAUACAUUAAUAAAUACUGCUGUACUACAUACCCAGUUAAAUUUUAAUUUAUCUAAGCCCCUUUUUUCUUAGAUUUGCAGUCUGAUAUGACGUAAGGGAAAUUUUUUUGUGGCCCAUUUUCUUUGCAUCUGUCUUGCAAAAGUUACAAAAAUGUCCCUGAGAGCCAAAGCCCUCUACACUUUCCAAAGUGAGAACAAGGAGGAGAUAAGCAUCCAGGAGAGCGAAGAGCUUGUUAUUUUCGACGAGAACUCUGUGGACGGCUGGCUACAAGGGGAGAACAGCCGAGGAGAGCGAGGCUUGUUUCCUGCCUCGUACGUCCAGAUCAUUCGGCGCCGAUCCGGGUCCAACCUGACGGAUCAAUCCCUCAGUUCACCUGGAAGCUCUCCUGGUAAGGAUUUGUCGUACAUCCACACAACUACCCCGACCCCGCCGAGUGACGACGAUGACGACUGGGACGACUGGGAUGAAACCUCAACGGUGGUUGAGGAUGAAGACCCUCGGAGAGGGGUUGGUGCCAAUGGACAUUCCCAAAGUCCAUAUUCCAACCCCAACGUCCACUACCGGACCAAGCCACACAUGGAGCGUCAGGACAGCAUGUCGAGCAACAGGAAGGGCAGCAUGGUGGGCAGAAACUUGAACCGAUUCUCCAGCUUCGUGCGCUCAGGUGUGGAGGCCUUCGUACUUGGCGACGUUCCCAUGAUGGCUAAGAUCGCAGAGUCGUACUCCAUCGAAAUGGGCCCCCGGGGGCCGCAGUGGAAGGAGAGCCCUCAACCCUUCUCCUGUUCCAUUGAAGACCCUACCAAACAGACGAAGUUCAAAGGCAUUAAGACGUACAUCUCGUACCGCGUGACCCCCAGUCACAUUGCCAGGCCGGUUUACCGCCGCUACAAGCACUUUGACUGGCUGUACAAUAGACUACUGCACAAAUUCACGGUGAUUUCCGUGCCGCACCUCCCUGAAAAACAGGCCACGGGACGGUUCGAGGAAGACUUCAUCGAUAAGAGGAAGAGGAGGCUCAUUUUAUGGAUGGACCACAUGACGAGCCACCCGGUGCUGUCUCAAUAUGAGGGUUUCGAACACUUCCUCAUGUGCGGAGACGACAAACAGUGGAAACUCGGGAAGAGGAGGGCAGAGAAGGACGAGAUGGUCGGGGCUCAUUUCAUGCUCACCUUCCAGAUUCCCAACGAGCACCAGGACCUUCAGGACGUGGAGGAGCGCGUUGACACCUUCAAGGCGUUCGCCAAAAAGAUGGACGACAGCGUGAUGCAGUUGACGCACGUCGCGUCGGAACUAGUCCGCAAACACCUCGGAGGAUUUCGGAAGGAGUUCCAGAGGCUGGGGAACGGCUUCCAGUCCAUCAGCCAGUCCUUCUUGCUGGACCCUCCUUACAGCUCGGACGCCCUGAGCAACGCCAUCUCGCACACAGGCCGCACCUACGAGAACAUCGGGGAGAUGUUCGCCGAACAGCCCAAAUACGACCUGUUUCAGAUGCUGGAUAAACUGUCGCUGUAUCAGGGCCUGCUGUCCAACUUUCCAGACAUCAUCCACCUGCAGAAAGGUGCUUUUGCAAAAGUAAAAGAGUCUCAGCGUAUGAGCGACGAGGGGAAGAUGGACCAAGAAGAAGCAGACGGCAUUCGCAAACGCUGCAGGACUGUGGGAUUCGCCCUGCAGGCCGAGAUGAACCACUUCCACCAGCGCAGGGAGGUGGAUUUCAAAGAGAUGAUGCAGGCGUAUCUCCGCCAACAGAUCGCCUUCUACCAGCGCGUAGGUCAGCAGUUAGAGAGAACCCUUCGCAUGUACGAGAGCCUCUAGAGCCUGACCUUUGGCCUCUGGACUGCAAUGGAGACACAACACUCCUGCGGACGGAUAUGCAAACGCUUUUUUACUCCCAAAGUUGGAAUUUUUGAGUUCCAGACAGGAUUAUUUGCAAGAGAAACAGGACAUUCUCGCUUCUGCACUUAAAAAUGUCACUUUUAACCCCAGAAACCAACAAUGCAGUUGCCUUUGAUAAACCAUGUAUAUCUUCAUCUUCCCGUUUUGAAUUUUAUUUAAAUGCCUGUUAGAUCAGUCUUUCAGAUUGCCUGUUACUUUUUCAUAUUUUUUAUUCAUUACUCACAGAGUCAGGUGUGCGAAUGAUGUUAUCUGCGUGUUAGCAGGUGCAGACGCUAAUCUGAUGCCAAAAACUGGUCAUGUGACAGGAGUUGUUUACGCAUUAGUUUGCUAAAACGCAAUUAUCUCUUAAAAACAUCAAAUCGUGACACCGUGUCUUAUCCAGGCGCAUUGCAAGAAAAAAAGUGUCAAAAAAAAUGCUGAACGUAAAAUUUUUGUGAGUUGCCCGUAUAGUUGCCCCCUCUGAAAUCUCAUUGGUCCAAAAUCCUGUUCCAAUUCACUGUAUAUAGAGUGCAACAUUUGGGUUUCGGAAGUAAAAACUCCAUUCAUUUUCUCUAUAGGG